UUCUUAUUAUUCUCUACUGCUUCGAAUUUGUUAUUUUCUCUGGGUUUUGUUUUGUGCCUCAAUCUCUUUGAUAUAUGAUGAACAACAUGUUGAUUAUGUGCUCCUCCUUGGGUUGAGGGGUGGAUUUCCAACAGUUUUUCUUCCUCAGAAAGAGAAGAGGGAUAAAAAGUCCCUUUGAAAUUUCUCCAUUGCAUCGUUGGAAUUCAAUGAAAGCUUCUGGGUUCAAAUUAUGAGAUAGAUAGUAAUGAAUUUCCAGCAGCUGCUUGCUGGGUUAGCUCAAGCCAUGGUAAAAUGGAGGAUGUUCAAUUGAAGGGAAGUGCUUGUAGGAUUAAGAAGUGUGCCUUCGAGUUGCUGUCGAUUGGGAGCGACCUGAUGAACGACGGUCAGUCGUCGUGGGAGUUGUUGGGAAGGGAUCUGCGCCUGAAAUCCACAUUCUUGUAUUGUGAUCUUAAUCAGAUGAUCUCUUGUGCACCAAGGGAUCAGAAGAGGGACCUCACAGAACUUGCGAACAAAUUGUUUUGCUCCAUUGAAGAGUUGGAUCAUGCAAUGAAAAUUCGUAGCCUUCCUUUGACCCAAGAUCGAUACAAUCAGGCUGCUGUCGUCUUACAGGAGGUGAUGGCUCUUGCGCCUUAAAAACGACACGUCGUCAAUGCAGCCUCGGCCUCAAAUUGGUGUCCAGUAGUACAGUACAACAAUUUCAUCUGUAAAUAAAAAGUUUAUCCUCCUCAAGUGUUUUUUUCUUUUCUUGGUUGUUGUUUUUUGUUACACUAUAUAUAUAGGACAUGUUUGUGUCGGGUUGUGAGUGACUGGUGGCUGGGAGAUGGGGAAAGAGGAAGCUUGGAUGACCAUGCAUUCGAUAAACA